AUGCUGAUCUGGAAAUUGCCAUACUUGGCAGAUAUUGACUCCGUGUGCUCUGCCGUCGUCCUGGCCUACCUUCGCAGUCACACUCACCCCAAAACCCUGCACAUCCCCCUCUCCAACUUGCCCCGCGAAGACCUCGCACUGCGUCCAGAGGUGACGGCCGCACUCAGCCACGCAGGCCUGACACCCUCUGAUCUCCUAACCCUGACUGAGCUUCCAAAUGACCUCCAGGAAGACAACACCCACUGGCUGCUGGUCGACCACAACUCGCUCACCGGCCCACUGAGUAAGUUUGCCAGUCGGGUGACCGGCUGCGUUGACCACCAUGUCGAUGAGGGUGCAGUCCCAGCCGAUUCCUUGCCGCGUGUGAUUGAGAACUGUGGCAGCUGCAUGAGCCUCGUCAUCGAGGAGACUAAGGGCAUCUGGGAGGAGGCAGCUGAGCAGGCUAAGCUGGCGCGACUAGGUCUGGCGGCCAUCCUCAUCGACACCACCAAUUUGACUUCCAAGGACAAGACGCGCGAGAAGGACCGCGCGGCAACUGCGUUCCUCGAGGAGAAGCUCAAGGGUGACGCCAGUGGUGCAGCCUACAGCCGCGACGCCUACUAUCGUGAGAUUGAGGGUUUUAAGGAAGACAUCUCAAAGCUCAACCUGCACGACAUCCUCCGCAAGGACUACAAAGAGUGGACCGAUGCGGGGCUCAAGCUUGGCGUCAGCUGCGUCGUCCAGGGGCUCGACUACCUCGUCGAAGAGAAAGCCGCGGGGUCGGUCGACAAAUUCCUCGAGGCCGUGGGCAGAUGGUCGGAUAAGCGUGGCCUCGACUUUGCCGUCGUAAUGACCACGUCGCACCCCGGCGGUGAGUUUCAGCGUCACCUGUUUGGCUGGGGCCGGACACCGGGCGGCGUUGCCGCUCUGCGCCAGUUCCAGCACGCCUCGACAGAGGAGCUACAGCUCGAGACGUACUGCCAAGGACGACUAGAUGCUGGAGAUGACCGCAGGGGGUGGCGCCAGUACAAGCUCAGUGGAAGCAGGAAACUGGUCGCACCGCUUCUGCGGGAUGCAUCGCUCAAGGUUCACGAGAAGAGGUGA